GCUUCCGUCCUUGGCUUUGGGGUUUGCGGUGUUUUCGGCCUACCUGAUGCGGUGAUGGAGAUGGACUGCGCGAUCUCCCACCUCCAACUGGCCUUGAAAAAUCUGGAGUCCGCGGCCAAGGCUCAUGACAUCUCAGGCGAGGUGUGCCGAACCCUCCAUGGGAUCGGGUCCCAAAUCUGCAGCUACUCCGAGUGCCCGUCCAGCCCCUCGGAGCCUACGGCGCCCAAGAUCCCGGACAGCAUAGCUCUGGGCCCGGACACGGACUUGGAUGCCUUGGAUCAGCUCUGGAAGACCAUGGACCCUGAUGCCGAGGAUGGAGAAGCAGAAGAGGAGAAGAAGAGCAACGUCUCCCACAUCUCUGGGAUUAGCGCAGCCGAUGCUUUGGCCAAGCACCGGGGGAUGAUGAUCGAGCUCUUCCACAAGCUGGACGCGGACAAGUCCGGGGUCAUCGACGCCCAUGAGCUGCGUCGGGGCUUGCGCGCUGUGGGGCAGCAUCCUGGGCGGGCACACCGGCUCCUGCAAACCCUGGACCACAACCAGAAUGGCAAGAUCGAGCUGUCGGAGUGGAUCCAGACCAUCGAUAGCAUGGUGGUGCGGGAGGUGCGCUCCGAGACCGUGGAGAGCUUCGCCAAGGCCAUCGUGAAGCACUCCGAGGCGGGGACGUUGACUCUCUCGAUGGAGGAGAGGAAGAAGAAGGUGUAUAUGCUUUCCUUCCGGUCUGCUGUAAGACUGUCCUGGGACAUGUUCUUGACCUGUCUCCUCGUCUACAUCGCCCUGCUGUUGCCUUUUAGGUUGGCAUUUUUCGAAGACAACUCGGCGGCGGGAGCCACCUACAGUCUCAUCGAGGUGAUCAUCGACAUUUGUUUCAUCGUCGACAUCUUGCUGACCUUCCGCACCACCUAUUGUGAUGAUGACGGGGAGGAGAUCAAUGACUGGAAGAAGGUGGCUUUCCACUACUUGCGGAGUUGGUUUUUGGUGGACUUUGUCACUGCCAUCCCCUUGGACUACAUGCUCGCCUCUGCUGAUGGGGUGAAACUCCUCAAGGGCUCCAAGGUCUUCAAGGUCCUGAAGCUGCUGAGAGCGAUCAAGUUCCUGAAGAUUCUCCAAGCGACGGAGUUCGGUAGCAAGUUGGAGGACGUGCUCUUGCUGUCGAGCGUGAGCCGCUUCCUGGAGGGCUUGAGGAUUUUGGUGAGCUGCUGCUUCCUGGGCCACCUCUUGGCCUGUCUCAUGCCGAUCUUGGCAAGUAGCUUCCUGGACCGGUAUAGCUAUGACGGAGAAGCGGUGUCCUCACGGUACAUCACCACGCUCUACUGGGCCAUGACCACGGUGACCACGGUGGGCUAUGGGGACAUCAUCCCACAGAACGACGACGAGAGGAUCUUCACCAUGCUGUCUAUGAUGGUGGGCGGAGCCUUCUACGGCUACGUGGUGGGCAACAUCUCUGUGAUCCUCGCCAGCCGCGACGUGAACCGGCAAGCUCACAAGCAACGGCUGCACCUCAUCUACGCCUGGCUGCUGCACCAUCGCUUUCCGAAGCCCUUGCGGCAGCGGCUCUGGAUCUACUACAAGACCUUGGUGAAGAACAAGGCGGCGUUAGACGACUCCGCCAUCUUCAACGAGCUCUCGCCGGAGCUGCGGCAGGAUGUGGCGCAAUACCUGGUCCCGCCGGAUUUGCUGAACCACCUGCUGUUCCAGAACGUGCCCAGCAGCGUCAUCGUGCGCCUGGUGCCCAUUCUGCAGCAGAUCACUGCCCAGCCCUCCGAGCGAAUCACCUCCUACGGCAGCAUGGGCUCCGGCAUGUUCGUGAUCCUUGAUGGCAUCGCAAUCAUGGACCCCAACGCCGAGGGCACGCCGCCCAGGAGCUCGCGAAUCCCGGAGGUGCUGCGGGCGGGGGAUAGCUUUGGGGAGGAGGUGCUGCUGGGCAUCGUGAAGGAGUAUGCGUACACAGUGGCCGCUACAUCCAAAGUGGUGAUGCUCUUCAUUCCCGCUGACCUCUUCAUGGAGAGAUUUGCCAACUUGCCGGAAAUUCUUUCGCUGAUGCGGAAAAACUUUACCAUUUGAUGUGGCAAAAUGCCGUCCUUGGCCUUCGGGUCUUGAUCUGAGAACUUCUGACCGGCCUGACCGGGCUCCCUGAGAAGC